CUGCAAUGUGACUACACCAAAAUCUCUCUGGCACCGUUAUAGGGUAAAGCCUGUGCUGUCUAUAGCUGGGGUCAGAUUGUGUGUGGUAGUGGGAAGGAGUUGUGCAAGCUGUUUGUUGUAUGUUUAAUUCCGCCAUGUCACGUAUUCGGUGUGCACAGAUUGUGGACUGAAAGACACAAUUCAGAGAAUGAAGGUCAGAAUUACGCAAUGUUUGGAUAUUACUGGCUAUUUAAACCCAGAUGGUAUAAAGUCAUGUUCAGAUGUCCACCCAGUCUGGUUCUCACCCUCAUUCUUCGACUGGCCGUCAUUCUUCUGCACUCUUCCAGAAUGGGAGGACCUCUGGCAGUCAGCGUUUUAAUUUGUCUCCUGACUUCUAGUGUCGGUUAUCCACUGUGAGUAAAGCAUGUCCGUGUCUGUGUUAGGUAGCUAGUCCUUCUUUCAGGGUAGAGAGGUGCCAGGAUAGAGUUAUCAUUGUUAGGACGCUGUUCAUUUUCAUAUUCGGGUAGAUUUGCAUGUUGCUAAUUCUGCAGGCAGGUGUGAUAUUUACUGUUAAAUAUUGUCUCCCCCCACCCCUUUAAAAAUGUGCCAUUGUGUUGUGAUAAGUCACUGUGUGUUUCUUGAUAUGGUUUGACUGUUUGUGAUUUUAUUGAGGUUUCACAACAAUGUUAUUGUGGUGACUGUAUUGGCUGGUCCCAAGGGAAUAAAGGUUUUGACAGUUCUUCUUGAUCCCUCUAAAUGUAGUUUUGUCUUGUUAUUGGAGGGAGCUGUUAUAAUCACACUGGGGAUUGCUAUGCUCUGCAUGCUCCCCUGAGCUUGAGUCACUUAGCUCUUUUAAGAGGUUGUUCCUGACACACUCUCCUUGGAGGAGCGGUCUUCACCACACAGUCCUGGAUGCUGGAUGGAAGGAAGAGGGUGGAAGGAAGAGGUCUUUCCCACACGGUCCUGGAGGACAGAAGCUGAUCCAGGGUAGAAGGAAGAUGGCGAGACUCCAGUCAAGCUACAGCAGUUGCGGAGUGUGCGGUGGUUGUGGUGUCUGCUGCAGUGCUUGGAGUCCUCAGGAAGCGCUAGGAGCAUCCUUCAACAGAGGUACCCAGUCGGGGUGCCAGGUGAUCCGUUACACCAGGUAUUCCAUUCAAGUUAGUGAGAUGUCAGGUUAAUGUUUAGGUAACCAGGUAAUCCGUUAGUAAUUUGAUAAUCGUGUUAGCGCUAUGUAGGAGAAGCCCACAAUCUUAUAAUGGGCGCUUCACAAAUAAUCUUAUGAAGAAAAAAUAAUUAUGACCACUUAUUGCAAUAAAGCAACUGUUGGUUGUAAAUAAAACCUUACUGAUAUUCACAGUAGAUAUUGGUAGUAUAUAAGAUCUUCUAAGAAGAGAAUAUACAAAUGUCCCAGAGUCUUUUGGUAUUGGAGGGGUUAAUCCUGCCACACAGGUAGAAUCCACUGGCUUAGGAUACAAUGUAUACAGCAAUGAGAUGGUACCUUAAAAGGAUACAAAGAAAAUCCUCAUAGUGCAACACAGUUUUAUUUUCAAACAUUAAAAAACCCUCUCCCCCAAAAGGGACCCCUACAUAGACAAAUGGUGGUACUUGUUUCCAAGAUACCACAAACAAGCGUGGGUUUAAACGAGUGUGAUGGAUGUUACCGCCCGUCCUGCUGAUAUCCUUGGUCGAACUGAAGUCUCUCUGCCGUGUAGUCAACUACUUCUUUUGGAGAGACACCAAGUAUCAGGGACGGUAUCCGCGAUCACUCUGUGUUCACCCUUCCACAACAGGAGCCGUUAGCACUUCAACGCAUUUCGCCCUAAUUUCGCGGCCACAUACAUUGGUCUUUUAUAUACUUACAUCAGUCCAAUUUUUAAAGUGCCAGAUAAUAAUUAAAACAUAUAAUACAACAAAUUAAAUCAAAGAUCUCGUUUUCAGGAAAGGUGCUCAUGAAAAAACGUUUUAACAUAAAAACAAAAUAUAUAAACGGAGUAUUUGAUAUAUAUAUAAACAGUGUCAGCAACAUUAUUCAUAUAAAAGACUUGACAACAAUUUAAUUAAAACGUUAUUUCUAUCAGUGUGUAAGUAGACUUGGCAAUAAAAAUAAAGAUAAAAAAAUGAAUUGGAAGUAAAACUAUAGAGGACCCUGUUUAACCCCUUAAGGACACACGACAUGUGUGACAUGUCACGAUUCCCUUUUAUUCCAGAAGUUUGGUCCUUAAGGGGUUAAACAUGUCCAUAUGUAUAUAGAGAGAAUUUUGAUGUCUAUGUAUCCACAUCAUUCCUUGAUAUUCUCACAAUGUAGGGCGAUAUAUAUUUUGUUAGCCCUGGGAAUAUGCAAACAUGUAUAUACAUAUACACAGCUGUAUGCCCCUGAAUGUGCAUACCUGUAUACAACAAACUGAAUACGUUUUAAAGUUUAUCAUAUGGUAUUGAGGUAUCAUUUCCAUUUAUCAUAAGAUGCCUGCCAGUUCGAACUCUGCAUUCAUCCCUGCAGGUAUCAAAGUUUUAAGCUUAAAAUCCAUGACAUUUCUCGAUACAAUAAUCUUUUAACCAAUUCUCCCCCUCUCCAGUAACCCUUUCAAUCCUGCAGUAGUUCAAACUUCCUGGUUUGCUUGCAUGGUGGUCUAAAAAAUGCUUAGAUACAGAAUGUUUGUCAAAGCUAUUUUUGAUAUUGAACACAUAUUCAUUUAACCUCACUUUUAACGCUCUUUUGGUUUGCCCCACAUAUUGAAUCCCAAAUGGGCAACUUAGUAGGUAGAUCAUUUGUUUUGAAUGGCAUGUGAUACAUUCAUUUAUCUCAAAUUUCUCCGUAGUGACAAAAGAAUAAAAAUUGGUGUAGCGGAGAUGCAAUAUUCCCCAGGUUAUCUCCGCUUAUAAUCCAAGUGAGGCUCAGGAACAAGUAAAUUGUAAAUCCACAGGCAAGGUUUCCAGUAGGUAAAAUACAGCAAUAUCCCAACAGCAAUCCCAAUAACUGGACGACACACAGUUUCAGGAACAGAACUGAAAGCUUUUAAUCCACAGUCUCCUUAUAAAGCAUGCUCCCAUGCAAUGGAGGGAUUUACAGUAAUUAUUACAGUAGCCAAUCCUGUCCUGGUAACCUCCCACACAUCUCCUCCCCUCAGCCAGCAUCAUAAUCCCCUUAUCCAGUACAGUAAUUCCCCCCGUUUCUGGAUGUACCCCUAAACGUAGGGGUACCUCUUUAAAUCCUACAUCCCCGGAUAGCCCUGAUCUGGGUGAACAACAUAUCCAAAAAUCACCCAGAUCAGACCAGGGGUUCGGGAAAUGUAUGGAGGGAAUAAAAUGACCGACCGCACUAACUGAGACAGCCGAAUGAGGUUCCAUGCGAAUGGGCCCUGCGGUCGGUCCUGGCAUAAGGGAACAAAAUACACGAAAGCCUCUAGCUAUAGAGGCUUGGGAGGGUUCGCCUGAAUCCCCUCGUUCGGUUCUUUCUAUCUACCGAACGAGGGGCCGUUCGGUAUUUAGGAACCGAACGGACCGGGCUUGUGGAGGUCUCAGCGGUGUUCGCCUACUCGAGUGUCCGAUUUUAGUUCCAGACACUCGACGGCAAAACACCGCUGUUCAGGAGUUUUAAAAUGGCCGCCGCCACGUGUUCGUUUGUCGAAUGGCGGCCACCCCCGAGAACAAAGGACGGCUACUUACUAGUCAAUUACCCAUUCGCAACAUUGUUGCAACGGGUAAUUGAGGACACACUUCACACGGGAGGUCUGGUUGUUCGGUAGUUUCAUUCGAAUGAGCUAAGGGAAUGAAACUACCGAACAAUCAGAGGAAUACAAUUCUUUUAAAAAAAACAUAUAACAUAGCAGAUCACACGAAUGCAGUUAUGUACAAUAUAUUUGCAGGACAGCCCGGUGCCAUCCGCUACAAUUGGAGGUUCUUUCAUAAGGAGGACCACACUUAAGAAAGCCUUUCUGGGAGUUUAAAAAAUGUGUCUCUGGUUUUGGUGGAUUCAAACUAUGCACCAGUUUAGUUUUGAUCGUAGAGGCACCUCUGAAAACUAUCAGAUCCUGUUUCAGAAGAUGCCAAUGUUGAUUUAUACUUUUUUUGACAAAUUUCGAUUGGCUGCUAUAAUUAAAAGUAAUUGGACAACUGAAUGUAUUUUCUUCUGAAGCUAUGUUUUUGGAUGGAUUUAAAAGUAAAUUUCUAUCUAACGUGUGCACUCUUUAGCUGGAGUCUUCUAAGAGAUCUAAAUUGUACUCCUUUUCUACAAACUGCUGUUUUACUUUUUCUAAUUGUUGUUCACACACCAUAGGAUCUGUACAAUUUAUUUGUAUUCGUUGAAAUUGCCCAAAUGGUACAUUGGUGAGCCAUGGUGGGUAAUGGUAACUAGAACUUAAAAUAAAACUAUUUACAUGAACCAUUUUAAAAAACGUUUUGGAUUUCAGCAUUUCUUUCUCCACAUAAAAAACUAGAUCUAAAAAUUCAACGUGAUUCCGAUAGUGUUGGGAUGUGAAUGAUAGAUUAAAACUAUUGUGCUUCAUAUGUGCUAAAACAAUUUAGAAGUUCUUGCUCCUCCCCUUCCCAUAUGAAGAAGCAGUCGUCGAUGUAACGUCAGUAGAGGACAAGGUUCGCAACCCAGGGAUGUCCUGUCCAUACAAAAAGGUCUUCCCAAUAGGACAUAAAAAUGUUCACAUAACUGGGUGCGAACCUAGUCCCCAUAGCCGUGCCUGUCACCUGUAGGUAGACCUCAUUGCUAUGCCAGAAAAAAUUAUGACUAAGAAUAAAUAAGAAUAAAACUUAUACAUUUAACUAUGAAUUCCACCUGUUCCAUAUGUAAAUUGCGGUUUCUAUAUAAAAUGUGUCUAAUUGCUUUGAAUCCCAUAGAGUGUUGGAUCACCGUAUACAGUGAUGUAACGUCACAGGUGACCAGCCAGUAAUUUUCUUUCCAGGUUAUGCCUUCCACUAGUUUCAGUAAUUCACUACUGUCUCUUAAGUAAGAUUUUGUACACUUGACAAAAAGUUGUAAUAGUUUAUCAAUGUAUUGAGGUGGAUUUGAGGUUAAUGAUCCAAUACCUGAGGUCAUAGGUCUUCCUGGGGGUUAUAAUACAUUUUUAUGGAUCUUGGGAAGAAAAAAAAGACCAGUUUUCUAGGAUGUGGAUUUAAAGAAGUGACCCAACAUAGUCCCGAAACGCGUAAGGCUUUUACGGCAGGAGCCGCACACACGCAUCCGUACAAAAACUCAGUGGAACGCAGAUCGGGCAGUAAGUGGAACGCACGCGAAGGUUUCUACAUCAACCCUCCCGGCAUUUCAACUACCUUUACCUCCUGACCGGCUGGAGGAAAAGUGAUUACAGCCUGCCCCGACUCUGCUUAUCCCUAAGGACUCAAUCUUUUUAUUUUGAACUUCACCCAAAUUGUGAGUUUGUUUUAUUCCUAUUUCAAUAAAUUUGGUAUUUAAAAAAAAGAUAAACACUAUGGGUGUUUGCUGUCUUUGACAGAUCCCAGAUGGGACGAUCCUGACACUAUAGAUCUGUUCCAAUAGUGCUUUAUAACUUUUGCUGCUUUAUCAGAACGAACGUAUCUGUUAUCUACCAUUGUGGUUAUAACAGCUAUUGAUACAUUGUGGCUAUAAGCAUCCUGUACCAGCUAUUACAUUGUCUGUAUAGAAUCUAUGCUGCUUUUGGACUCCAGAUUUCACAAGCUUACUGGACAUUUUCUUCAUUAUUUGCUUCACUUUAUAGACGGUCUUUGGACUCUCUAAUUUUAGUUCAGUAUUUUUAUUCCUAGUUUUUAUCAUCGUUAUCUAUUUGCAUUUAUUUUUUUAUUUUUCUGUUUUGUACUUUACAGUUUCCAUUAUAUUUAACUGCGACUUAUUAUUGCUGCUAUUCCAGAUCCCAUUCACCACUUAGUUAAACUAGCGCUCCACUACAGUUGCUUUCUCCUGUCCUCCUGUGUUUUGACCCAAAAUCGGGAAUCACCAAGGCACUCACCUGAAUUAGCUCUAUCUAUUCCAUCCACUUGUUAACGCAGCGAUUAGACCCCGGUAGGUGAAACACCACUGAUUGGGUACCACUUAUGACCAGCAAGAGGUGCUUAGUCAAAAAAUUGUCUAACCUUUAAAUAAUAAUAACAAAAUAUAUAUAACAUUUAUAAUAAUACAAUGUGAAGAAAAGAGUUUCCUGAUAUACAUAAUGCACUCUGUAUAAAGCCCAGCGCAGGAUCUAUGGCCCCAUUCUUCAGACUCAGUAGCCAGGACAUGGUUUUUACAGAUCUCACCAUGUCCCCUCUUUAAGGCGGCACAAAGCUUUCACACAGGUUAAAACUUUAUUUUCUCUUUUAGACUAAAGGGGAAGCCGGAUGAUAAACAUUUUAACCAUGUUAGAAACACAACUUCCAAAACAACAGGUAAGAACAGUGUCACCUCUGCCUCCUGUCCCCUCAGGGCAAACUGCCUCCUGCCCACUCAGGGCUAUUGGUACACAGACUGCAGGGAUAGAUACACAGCUAGUGGUACACAGACUGAGGGGAUAGAUACACAGCUAUUGGUACACAGACUGAGGGGAUAGAUACACAGCUAUUGGUACACAGACUGAGGGGAUAGAUACACAGCUAGUGGUACACGGACUGAGGGGAUAGAUAUAGAUAUACAGCUAUUGGUACACGGACUGAGGGGAUAGAUAUACAGCUAUUGGUACACAGACUGAGGGGAUAGAUACAUAGCUAUUGGUCCACAGACUGAGGGGAUAGAUAUACAGCUAUUGGUACACAGACUGAGGGGAUAGAUAACACAGCUAUUGGUACACAGACUGAGGGGAUAGAUACACAGCUAUUGGUACACGGACUGAGGGGAUAGAUACACAGCUAUUGGUACACAGACUGAGGGGAUAGAUAUACAGCUAUUGGUACACAGACUGAGGGGAUAGAUACACAGCUAUUGGUCCACAGACUGAGGGGAUAGAUACACAGCUAGUGGUACACUAGAUAUACAGCUAUUGGUAUAGAUACACAGCUAUUGGUACACGGACUGAGGGGAUAGAUACACAGCAAUUGGUAAACAGACUGAGGUGAUAGAUACACAGCUAUUGGUAUACAGACUGAGGGGAUAGAUACACAGACUGCGGGGAUAGAUACAGAGCUAGUGGUACACAGACUGCAGGGAUAGAUACACAGCUAGUGGUACACGGACUGAGGGGAUAGAUAUACAGCUAUUGGUACACAGACUGAGGGGAUAGAUAUACAGCUAUUGGUACACAGACUGAGGGGAUAGAUAUACAGCUAUUGGUACACAGACUGAGGGGAUAGAUACACAGCUAUUGGUCCACAGACUGAGGGGAUAGAUACACAGCUAUUGGUACACGGACUGAGGGGAUAGAUACACAGCUAUUGGUAAACAGACUGAGGUGAUAGAUACACAGCUAUUGGUACACAGACUGAGGGGAUAGAUACACAGACUGCGGGGAUAGAUACACAGCUAGUGGUACACAGACUGCAGGGAUAGAUACACAGCUAGUGGUACACGGACUGAGGGGAUAGAUACACAGCUAGUGGUACACAGACUGAGGGGAUAGAUACAUAGCUAUUGGUACACAGACUGAGGGGAUAGAUACACAGCUAUUGGUACACAGACUGAGGGGAUAGAUACAUAGCUAUUGGUACACAGACUGAGGGGAUAGAUACACAGCUAUUGGUAAACAGACUGAGGGGAUAGAUACAUAGCUAUUGGUACACAGACUGAGGGGAUAGAUACACAGCUAUUGGUAAACAGACUGAGGUGAUAGAUACACAGCUAUUGGUACACAGACUGAGGUGAUAGAUACACAGCUAUUGGUACACAGACUGAGGGGAUAGAUACACAGCUAUUGGUACACAGACUGAGGGGAUAGAUACACAGCUAUUGGUACACGGACUGAGGGGAUAGAUAUACAGCUAUUGGUACACAGACUGAGGGGAUAGAUACAUAGCUAUUGGUACACAGACUGAGGGGAUAGAUACACAGCUAUUGGUACACAGACUGAGGGGAUAGAUAUCCAGCUAUUGGUAAACAGACUGAGGUGAUAGAUACACAGCUAUUGGUACACAGACUGAGGUGAUAGAUACACAGCUAUUGGUACACAGACUGAGGGGAUAGAUACACAGCUAUUGGUACACAGACUGAGGGGAUAGAUACACAGCUAUUGGUACACGGACUGAGGGGAUAGAUAUACAGCUAUUGGUACACAGACUGAGGGGAUAGAUACACAGCUAUUGGUACACAGACUGAGGGGAUAGAUACACAGCUAUUGGUAAACAGACUGAGGGGAUAGAUAUACAGCUAUUGGUACACGGACUGAGGGGAUAGAUAUACAGCUAUUGGUACACAGACUGAGGGGAUAGAUAUACAGCUAUUGGUACACGGACUGAGGGGAUAGAUAUACAGCUAUUGGUACACAGACUGAGGGGAUAGAUACACAGCUAUUGGUACACAGACUGAGGUGAUAGAUAUACAGCUAUUGGUACACAGACUGAGGGGAUAGAUACACAGCUAUUGGUACACAGACUGAGGGGAUAGAUACACAGCUAUUGGUACACAGACUGAGGGGAUAGAUACACAGCUAUUGGUACACAGACUGAGGGGAUAGAUACACAGCUAUUGGUACAUGGACUGUUAGAAGUGGGUUACUAGAUGGAGAACAUGAUCAAUAUUGUCUUUCUUUUGGCACCUUUUCCUUAGAGCUGGCCACUCAUUGCACAGCGGACGGGUUCGGAGCAAUAAUGUUGGAUGACAAAGGAGUGAUGCAUUUCUUCAGAGGUAAAAACAUUGAACCGGUCAGAUGCUAUUUACUAAGCUCACAUAAAAUGGUGCCACCUGGCUGAUAUUUAAAACCACUUUAUCUUUUACAGCAUUUGAUGUUCAAACUACCCCAUAUUCAUUUAUGUAUAAAAGUAAUAAAAUAAUGUAUCCAUACACAAUUCAAGUGCAACAACAUUUACAUACACAAAAAAACACGUACAUGCAAAAAUAGUCUGUAAACAUCGCACAGAAUUCCUUAAACCAGGCUUCUUUAAGUAGUCUAGAUCAAAGGAUCACAGGACACCUGACACUCCCUCAUGCAUUCUGGGUUCAGCACUGACAGGGUAGAGUAGUUGUUCCCAACUGUUUUUGGGCCAGAUGAGAAUCCCAAUUUUAAUGUUAAUACUAAUACGUUCAGCCUUUUACUGACAUUACUUCAGUGUGUUUGUGGCAAAGAUUGAGGUGGCUUGAUGCUCACCAAUGAUGGUGGGUUGGCAUAUCAGUGAUGUAUCUUAAGCCACUGGUGAUACCCCAAACAGGUGCACCCAUGCACUUUGGAAACACUCUCUGCAUUGUCCCAGUACCCUCAACAUAGCGUGUCUGUGUACUGCUCUCGGGGACACAGGGAGCAAAACUGGGACGGCAGGCUCAGGACAGAAUCCUGAAAUAGGGACUGUUCUGCAUUUGAAAACCACUCAUGGAAACUUUGGUCAGCUGAAAUUUCUAAUGAGAUGUGUGUUCACCCAAUUGAUUCCAGGAUUUCCAAUGUGCCUUCACCCAGCAGGACCCUAGUUCGAAGGAUGGAGAGUCUAGAAAGGAUAUCUUGAGUCACCAGUGUUUUUUUUCCUGAUAGAUGAAUAUGUUUGGACUGGAUUUCACGGACUUGCACAGCUUAUUAACGAGACUUGGGGUGGUCUGGAUGGACCUGUGGAUGCUGCAUUCAGAGUUCACAGUAAGGAGCAACCAUUGGCUCAUCAAAGGAUGUUCGUCUUUAAGGUAAUAAGUCAUACUCGCAUAUAUAUAUGGCUCCGCCAUCACUACCUCCCAUAGCCUACCUACAGCCACCAUAUAGCCUACCUACGUACACCACAUAGCCUACCUACAGCCACCACAUAGCCUACCUACAUGCACCACAUAGCCUACCUACAGCCACCACAUAGCCUGCCUACAGCCACCACAUAGCCUUCCUACAUACACCACAUAGCCUACCUACAGCCACCACAUAGCCUACCUAUAGCCACCACAUAUCAUACCUACAGCCACCACAUAGCAUACCUACAUCCACCACAUAACAUACCUACAUCCACCACACAACAUAUCUACAUACACCACAUAGCCUACCUACAGCCACCACAUAGUCUACCUACAUACACCACAUAGCCUACCUACAGCUACCACAUAACAUAACAUACCUGCAGCCACCACACAACAUAUCUACAUACACCACAUAGCCUACAGCCACCACAUAGCCUACAGCCACCACAUAGCCUACCUACAGCUACCACAUAACAUAACAUACCUACAGCCACCACACAACAUAUCUACAUACACCACAUAGCCUAAAGCCACCACAUAGCCUACAGCCACCACAUAGCCUACAGCCACCACAUAGCCUACCUACAUACACCACAUAGCCUACCUACAGCCACCACAUAGCCUACCUAUAGCCACCACAUAUCAUACCUACAGCCACCACAUAGCAUACCUACAGCUACCACAUAACAUACCUACAUCCACCACACAACAUAUCUACAUACACCACAUAGCCUACCUACAGCCACCACAUAGUCUACCUACAUACACCACAUAGCCUACCUACAUACACCACAUAGCCUACCUACAUACACCACAUAGCCUACCUACAGCCACCACAUAGCUACAUACACCACAUAGCCUACCUACAGCCACCACAUAGCCUACCUACAUACACCACAUAGCCUGCCUACAGCCACCAUAUAGCCUACCUACAGCCUCCACACAGACCACCCACAUACACCACAUAGCCCACCCACAGCCAACACCACACAUAGCCCACCCACAUACACCACAUAGCCCACCCACAGCCAACAACACACAGACCACCCACAUACACCACAUAGCCUACCUACAGCCACCACAUAGCCUACCUACAUACACCACAUAGCCUACCUACAACCACCACAUAGCCUACCUACAUACACCACAUAGCCUGCCUACAGCCACCAUAUAGCCUACCUACAGCCUCCACAUAGCAUACCUACAGCCAUAUACUAGUCCAGGGUGACCAGCAUACCUACAGCUACCAUAUAGCCUACCUACAUACACCACAUAGCCUACCUAUAGCCACCACAUAGCCUACCUACAGCCACCACAUAGCCUACCUACAUACACCACAUAGCCUACCUACAGCCACCACAUAACAUACCUACAGCCACCACAUAACAUACCUACAGCCACUACAUAGCAUACCUACAGCCACCACAUAACAUACCUACUGCCACCACAUAACAUACCUACAUACCUGUGGAAUUCUCUAUACAAACACACAAUAUAAACACAAAUUGAUUGUAGGCAUAUCAAAUGGUAUUGAAAUCUUCAGCACAGAUGGACAGACAUCUGGGAACAAAAAUAAAGAAAUAAUAGCGCAAAACAUAUGAUACCAGAAGAGCUGCACUUUAAUAUGACAAACACUUACAGGAUCACUGUAGGAUACAGGCACAUCAGAUUAAAUAGAUGUUCUUUCCACCCAGUUUAAGUCUUGGUCUUUCCUGUUGAUCACCAGUCUUCAAUCGGUUUAAGCACAUAAAUGUUUAUUUACUCACAUAAAACAUCAAAUAAAUAAAAAUAAAAUUAAAAAUAAUAAAAAUUCAAAAGUUCCCUUUAAAUGUCUAAACCUACGCGUUUCAUCCGGUAUGGGUCCGAACUUUCUCAGGUGUAAUAAGUUAGUCAAACUCCUAUCACGGGAGCCAUCCACUCUUCGUAUGGCACUAAAUCAUUGAUGGCUCAUUAGCCACUCCCGUGGUCGCCAUCAGCCAAUCCACUGGGACCUGUCGUGGCUGUCAUUCAUUUCCUCAUAAUGUGCGUUCCAAGCCUCGAUAUCGUAUAUGCGACGUCCAUUGCGUCUUAUGUCAUCCAUGCCGUCGCUCCCCGGCUUGCGUUCCAAUACGAGAUGCGUUCCAUUUAUGGGAGCGUGUUUUAGCAUCCAUCCUACAUGCUGUAGUAGUUUUCAUUGAAAGUGCCACAAACAGAGGGUUUUAAAAGUCCUUUUGAGAGUCCAAAUGUGCUCAAAUAAAACAUAAAGAACAACAAUAGUAACAUCAGGAUAAAUCACACCAAAUAUUUUCCAAUACCAAUAAAAAAAUUAUGUUAAAAAAUAAACAUUAUCAAUAUGGACAAUUUAAAAAAGAAGAAAAAGCAAUUUCAGAAAAGAUCCAAUAUAUAAGGUCAAGGAGAUUACCAGGAUAUCAGAACAAUUAGAAAAAUAAAACAGAAAUAUUUCUAAAAGUCACCUAAACGCAUAUUCUUGUGAUGAUUGCAAAAUGAUAAAAAUUGAAAAAAAUUCAAAGAAAACAUACUAGAUCGAAAUCGACGUUCAGACCCCUAGGUUGCAUAGUUCUUAACUUAUGGAUCCAGAAACCCUCUCUUUUUCUACGUUUCAGCAUGAAGUCCUUUCAUCCAGUUUCACUUGUUCUGUGGCUAUAAAAUUAAAGUUAUUGUUGUAGUGGGGGCAUUUGUUUCAAUGUACAGGAAUUGAGUGGGUUAUCAUUUUCUUGUGUAUAUUAUUUCGGUGUUUCCUUCCCGCCCUCCCCACAUAUUGUGCACCACAACCACAUGGGAUAAGGACUGUUCUGCAUUUGAAAACCACUCAUGGAAACUUUGGUCAGCUGAAAUUUCUAAUGAGAUGUGUGUUCACCCAAUUGAUUCCAGGAUUUCCAAUGUGCCUUCACCCAGCAGGACCCUAGUUCGAAGGAUGGAGAGUCUAGAAAGGAUAUCUUGAGUCACCAGUGUUUUUUUUCCUGAUAGAUGAAUAUGUUUGGACUGGAUUUUCAUGUAUGGAGGAACAGGAAACAUAACUUUUAAUCUUAAAUACUUCUGAAGUUUGAGUGCACUUAAAUUCUUUGUAAACUUUACAUGAAUAAUCACAACUCUCGCACUUGCCACAAGUAUAAAAACCUGUCUCCUUUUUCUCUUUAAUUGCUUUUGUACGAAAAGUACUUGGGGCUAAACUAUUCCCUUUUCUAAAUCUGGUUAUAGUGAUAUGAGGAAGUUUCAUUUACAGGAAUUCAUCUUCUAAAAGCAGGGGCCAGUUUUUUUUUUUAAAUCCGUUGAAUGUCCAAUGCUUUAAAAUUAUAUUGCGUAUUAAAAGCGAAUCCUUACCCUGAGUCAUUUAUGACUGUUCUAGGUUGGAGAAAAUCUUCCCAGUCUUUCUGUCCUAUCCUUAAACUUUCUGCAUCUAAAAACUCUUCUGAUUAUCCUUUAAAAUCUAGAUUUUAAAACAUCUUCUUGUCUAAAAAAAAUAAUCCUUUAUCAGUACAAUUUCUCCGAAUUCUAGUUUAUUGACCUCUCGGAACUCCUGUAAGUCACUUAGGGUGAUGCCCACUUUUGAUGUCUAUAAAGCUGUUGGUAUCGGGGGUUUUUUUGUUUUUUUUUGGGAAGUUUUCGUUUUUUAUGUGUGAGUCUUCUAUAUACAGGGAAAGAUCCAAGAAGUCAAUAUGUUUUUUUCCAAAAUUUGGAGUAAACCUCAAGGACAGGGUAUUCUUAUUAAAGGAUGUUAUAAAUUUAUAACCUUGCCAAAUAAUUAAAAUGUUGUUAAUGUAUCGAUUCCAUAGCACCAAGUCCACACCAUAUAGAUUGUUGUGCCAUAUUGUGGAUCUUUCCCAACAGUCCAUACAAAUGUUGGCAUAACUUGGUGCGAACUUGGUGCCCAUUGUAAUACCAUUGACAUGUAGAUAAAAAUCCCCAUUAAAACAGAAAAAAUAUGAGUUAAAAUCAAAUUUAUAGCUUCCAAUAAAAAUUCUCAAAAUUUCCGUUAAUUUGUAUAUCUGACUCUAAAUUCAGGUUCACAGGUUCUAUUCCCCUUUUGUGUUCAAUAGUGGUAUAAAGGGAAGUCACGUCCUUCCACUCAAUUUCCUUCAAUUCAAGUAUAAGGUGCUUGGUAUCUUUAAGAUAAGAAUCUGCUCUUUGUGCGUACUUCUGAAGAAAAUAAUGUAUGUAUCUAUCCGAGAGUUUUGAAGAAAGGGAAUCUAUAUCACUUGCUAUGGGUCUGCGGCUGCCUGGUGGUUUUCCUUUAGAUUUAUGAACUUUUGGCAGAAAAUAAAAGGUGGGUAUUCUUGGGGAUUCUAAAAACAUUAAGGAGGAGACAUUAUCUGCAAUUAUUCCUUCCCUUUUUUUCCCCCUCGAGGGAUUCUUUUAGUUCUUUGUUAAACUGUAAAUUAGAAUCUGUUUUUUUAAUUUGUAUUAUGUUUCCAUACAAUACAAAAAAGACAAGACAGAUUAAAACUGGACAACGGUAUAGAGAGAAAUACACAUUCACAUGGCUAUUUAUUAUACUUCAGGGGAUCAAGUUAUUACAUAUGUCUCUUUUUUCCUCUCUAUUUCCCUUUUCCCUCCUCCUAUCCUUCUUCAGAGCCCAUUUACUUCCUCUUUUCCUUUGAGAAUGUUUCCAUCUCUUUAGGAAGAGAAAAAAAAAAGAAAAGACAAGACACACAGUCAGGGCCAAGAGGUUCUUACUUAAAAGAGAGAAAAACAUAAUAAAUGAUUUAUGCUUUUAGGGGUAUAGAAUAUGGCUGAUGUAGUAUAUAAUCUCUGCUUAUUUCUUACUGUUAUCCUCCUUCCCGUCUCCUUGUUCUCAUCUUAGACCAUGAUGAUAGUGCUAUGGAGAUUGUACUAACCCACCUUAUCUCACAUCGUUCUACAUUAAUAUGGCUCUUGGUAUUUAGCCGUCUUUCUCAUAGAGAAGGACAAUGACUGGAAAUAUUCUACAUCUAUUCUGCAUGGUUUAGACCAGUUCUCAAGCUGACCGACCGAAGGGCAGGCUAUUUCAGCUGCUGCCCGUCCUCAGUAUUCUCUUGCGACCCAUUUUUUGCUCUCCAUUAGUUUAAAGGGAUAAUCCAGACGUGGACCCCUUGCUCUCAGUGCCUAGGGAGAUAUCAGCUAUGCCUCACUGAUGAUGCCUAACAAGGCUGAAACGAUCGUCUGGGGUUGCUGUAUCUCUCAUGCAGAGAGAACUUGCUGGCAUUUCGGAUCUGGACUGCCCGUAUGGGUGGGACCAGUCUGAUAUGCUUCAGAUAUGUUCUCUGUAAUGGCACAAGAUGAGCAAAAAUCAGCUUGAGAACUGAGCGGGGACCGACCGAAGGGCAGGCUAUUUCAGCUGCUGCCCGUUCUCAGUAUUCUCUUGCGACCCAUUUUUGACUCUCUACAAGUUUAAAGGGAUAAUCCAGACGUGGACCCCUUGCUCACGGUGCCUAGGGAGAUAUCAGCUAUGCCUCACUGAUGAUGCCUAACAAGGCUGAAACGAUGGUCUGGGGUUGCUGUAUCUCUCGUGCAGAGAGAACUUGCUGGCAUUUCGGAUCUGGACUGCCCGUAUGGGUGGGACCAGUCUGAUAUGCUUCAGAUAUGUUCUCUCUGUAAUGGCACAAGAUGAGCAAAAAUCAGCUUGAGAACUGAGCUGGGACCGACCGAAGGGUAGGCUAUUUCAGCUGCUGCCCGUCCUCAGUAUUCUCUUGCGACUCAUUUUUGACAUACCCUACAUAUAGCCACCGUGCUACAUACCCUACAUAUAGACACUGUGCUACAUACAUUACAUAUAGCCACCGUGCUACAUACACUACAUAUUGUCACUGUGCUACAUACACUACAUAUAGCCACCGUGCUACAUACACUACAUAUAGACACUGUGCUACAUACACUACAUAUAGCCUCUGUGCUACCUACACUACAUAUAGUCACUGUGCUACAUACACUACAUAUAGCCACCGUGCUACAUACACUACAUAUAGCCACCGUGCUACAUACCCUACAUAUAGACACUGUGCUACAUACACUACAAAUUGCCUCUGUAAUACAUACACUACAUAUUGUCACUGUGCUACAUACACUACAUAUAGCCACCGUGCUACAUACCCUACAUAUAGCUACCGUGCUACAUACACUACAUAUAGCCACCGUGCUACAUACCCUACAGAUAGAUACUGUGCUACAUACACUACAUAUAGCCUCUGUGCUACAUACACUACCUAUAGUCACUGUACUACAUACACUACAUAUAGUCACUGUGCUACAUACACUACAUAUAGCCUCCAUGCUACAUACACUACAUAGCCUCCAUGCUACAUACACUACAUGUAGCUACCGUGCUACAUACACUACAUAUAGUCACUGUGCUACAUACACUACAUAUAGUCACUGUGCUACAUACACUACAUAUAUAGCUACCCCAAGGGUUAGCAUACACUCAAGCAUAUAGCUACUGCAAGCACAUACACUGGCAUAUAGCCACCGUUACAUACACUCAUAUAUAUAGACACUGAAGCAUACACUGCUACAUAUAAAGGUCAAGGCUACAUACACUACAUAUAAAGCUGGGCCUCAUGUUACAUACCCUACAUAUAGACACUGUGCUACAUACACUACAUAUAGCUACCGUGCUACAUACACUACAUAUAGCUACCGUGCUACAUACCCUACAUAUAGACACUGUGCUACAUACACUACAUAUAGCUACCGUGCUUCAUACACUACAUAUAGUCACCGUGCUACAUACACUACAUAUAGCCACCGUGCUACAUACACUACAUAUAGACACUGUGCUAUAUACACUACAUAUAGUCACUGUGCUACAUACACUACAUAUAGCCACUCUGCUACAUACACUACAUAUUGUCACUGUGCUACAUACACUACAUAUAGCCUCUGUGCUACAUACACUACCUAUAGUCACUGUACUACAUACAUUACAUAUAGCCACCGUGCUACAUACCCUACAUAUAGUCACUGUGCUACAUACACUACAUAUAGCUAUCGUGCUACAUACACUACAUAUAGCCACCGUGCUACAUACACUACAUAUAGUCACUGUGCUACAUACACUACAUAUAGCCACUGUGCUACAUACACUACAUAUAGCCACCGUGCUACAUACACUACAUAUAGUCACUGUGCUACAUACACUACAUAUAGCCACUGUGCCACAUACACUACAUUUAGCCACCUUGCUACAUACACUACAUUUAGCCACCGUGCUACAUACCCUACAUAUAGACACUGUGCUACAUACACUACAUAUAGCUACCGUGCUACAUACACAACAUAUAGCUACCGUGCUACAUACCCUACAUAUAGACACUGUGCUACAUACACUACAUAUAGCCACUGUGCUACAUACACUACAUAUAGCCACCGUGCUACAUACACUACAUAUAGCCACCGUGCUACAUACACUACAUAUAGUCACCGUGCUACAUACACUACAUAUAGCCACCGUGCCACAUACACUACAUUUAGCCACCGUGCUACAUACACUACAUUUAGCCACCGUGCUACAUACCCUACAUAUAGACACUGUGCUACAUACACUACAUAUAGCUACCGUGCUACAUACACAACAUAUAGCUACCGUGCUACAUACCCUACAUAUAGUCACUGUGCUACAUACACUACAUAUAGCCUCCAUGCUACAUACACUACAUAUAGCUACCGUGCUACAUACACUACAUAUAGUCACUGUGCUAUAUACACUACAUAUAGUCACUGUGCUACAUACACUACAUAUAGCCACCGUGCUACAUACACUACAUAUAGCUACCGUGCUACAUACACUACAUAUAGCCACCGUGCUACAUACACUACAUAUAGCCACCGUGCUACAUACACUACAUAUAGUCACUGUGCUACAUACACUACAUAUAGCCACUCUGCUACAUACACUACAUAAUGUCACUGUGCUACAUACACUACAUAUAGCCUCUGUGCUACAUACACUACCUAUAGUCACUGUACUACAUACACUACAUAUAGCCACCGUGCUACAUACCCUACAUAUAGACACUGUGCUACAUACACUACAUAUAGCUACCGUGCUACAUACACUACAUAUAGCUACCGUGCUACAUACCCUACAUAUAGACACUGUGCUACAUACACUACAUAUAGCUACCGUGCUACAUACCCUACAUAUAGACACUGUGCUACAUACACUACAUACACUACAUAUAGCCACUCUGCUACAUACACUACAUAUAGACACUGUGCUAUAUACACUACAUAUAGUCACUGUGCUACAUACACUACAUAUAGCCACUCUGCUACAUACACUACAUAUUGUCACUGUGCUACAUACACUACAUAUAGCCUCUGUGCUACAUACACUACCUAUAGUCACUGUACUACAUACACUACAUAUAGCCACCGUGCUACAUACCCUACAUAUAGACACUGUGCUACAUACACUACAUAUAGCUACCGUGCUACAUACACUACAUAUAGCUACCGUGCUACAUACCCUACAUAUAGACACUGUGCUACAUACACUACAUAUAGCUACCGUGCUACAUACACUACAUAUAGUCACCGUGCUACAUACACUACAUAUAGCCACCGUGCUACAUACACUACAUAUAGCCACUGUGCUAUAUACACUACAUAUAGUCACUGUGCUACAUACACUACAUAUAGCCACUCUGCUACAUACACUACAUAUUGUCACUGUGCUACAUACACUACAUAUAGCCUCUGUGCUACAUACACUACCUAUAGUCACUGUACUACAUACAUUACAUAUAGCCACCGUGCUACAUACCCUACAUAUAGUCACUGUGCUACAUACACUACAUAUAGCUAUCGUGCUACAUACACUACAUAUAGCCACCGUGCUACAUACACUACAUAUAGUCACUGUGCUACAUACACUACAUAUAGCCACCGUGCCACAUACACUACAUUUAGCCACCGUGCUACAUACACUACAUUUAGCCACCGUGCUACAUACCCUACAUAUAGACACUGUGCUACAUACACUACAUAUAGCUACCGUGCUACAUACACAAGAUAUAGCUACCGUGCUACAUACCCUACAUAUAGACACUGUGCUACAUACACUACAUAUAGCUACCGUGCUACAUACACUACAUAUAGUCACCGUGCUACAUACACUACAUAUAGCCACCGUGCUACAUACACUACAUAUAGACACUGUGCUACAUACACUACAUAUAGUCACUGUGCUACAUACCCUACAUAUAGACACUGUGCUACAUACACUACAUAUAGCUACCGUGCUACAUACCCUACAUAUAGACACUGUGCUACAUACACUACAUAUAGACACUGUGCUACAUACACUACAUAUAGCCACCGUGCUACAUACACUACAUAUAGUCACCGUGCUACAUACACUACAUAUAGACACUGUGCUACAUACACUACAUAUAGUCACUGUGCUACAUACACUACAUAUAGCCUCUGUGCUACAUACACUACAUAUAGCCACCGUGCUACAUACACUACAUAUAGUCACUGUGCUACAUACACUACAUAUAGCCACUGUGCUACAUACACUACAUAUAGACACUGUGCUACGCCGCAACAAGCAGAAUGCUAUACAGCUACAUGGCACCAUAACUACUACAACACGCACAUAGUGCUAUACAGCUACAGCACUACACCUACGUUAAUGUUUUCGGCUACACUCCUACACCCACCAAGGCUGUAUGGUAGUUAAAGGACAUCGGCAGCCAACAAACAGAGCAACACUGCUGCAAGUCACAAUGUAACAAUUUACUGGUAAACACAAUACAACAUGUGAUAUAACACCCCUUCAUGUGUAUUAUACACAGAUAUCUUUUCUAAUUAUUGUGUGAAAAGUAUUUCCAACUCUACCGGUCUCACUGUCUCAUCGCACCCAUUAUUCUCUAAACCAAAAUGCUCCUUUCAGGGCAGCCAGGUAUGGAGCUUCUUUGAAGGACUCUUAGUGCCCGGUUUCCCCCGUAACAUCAGCCUGGAGUUCCCUGGGGUACCAGACAAUCUCGAUGCCGCUGUGGAGUGCCACUUAGGGGAGUGCAAGACAGAAAGUGUUAUAUUCUUCAAAGGUGAGUGUGUCCUGAUUGUGAGAGAGGCGUCUCACCCUGGUUACUGUCAGGGUUUAGCAGGGAAGAGCGCUGUUCUAGUGUUAUUUAUAUAGCGCCAACAUCUUCCGCAGCGCAGCAAGUAGGAAGCUACAUGAAGAGAUAAACACAAUACACAACAAGGUAAACAGGAAAACAAGUAUAUUUACUGCGAGGGCACAAAUACAAAACAGAGGAACUCAGAAUACAAAGUUAGUUAUGGGAUAAAGGCAGUCAGGGGUUCAGGAUACAGGGAGUACCAACAAAACCAAACAGCAACUAGACUAUUAGGGAGAAAACAAUUACAAGGUAUGGCCAGCUGGGGGCAGUCAGAUCCUUUCACUCUACGCACAGCAGCCUGCAACAGCACCACAGCAGGUUAGUGGCAGUGUGAGGUACUGCACCAGACUUCUAUGAUCCCAAAUCUAAGGGGUUUAUAUGACUCUAACAGGUUUAUCCAAGGUGCAUUUCAAAUUCAGCUAUUUUGGCCUCAAAUUUGAGAUUCGCUGUGAAUUCACUUAGAAUUUCACUUUCCUUUCAAUUUUUACACUCUCCUUUCUUUUCCAGAUGAUACAGUGUAUAUAUACAGCCCUCGGGAAGUCCCUGCAGUAAAGAUACGGCACUGGACAGCUCUGGGCCCGUGUUCGGCUGCUGUCCGUUGGAUGGAGAAGUAUUUCUGUUUCAAAGGUGUAAAUUUUACCCGGUUUAACCCUGUGACUGGAGAGGUUCUGUCACCAAAGCUCUUGGACACCAGAGACUACUUUGUGAGAUGUCCUGGACGAGGUGAGCUGUGAGGGGUCUUUGGUAGACGGGGACGGUUGGGACCUCCAAUCCUUCCCACUGGAAUUUUUAUAAACCUGUAAGCAAUAUGUAACUUUCAUUUUUCAUUUAGAAAAUAUAUUUUUUUUUGCAGGAAUUCCAGUUCCUAUUCAUCCUAGGGUGGACUUGUUUCCAAUGUGUAAUAGAAUAAAGUGUUUAGCAGGAGGUUGCACCCUUACCUGUGCCCCCGCCAGGCUCCGAUGCUUCCUGGUGGUCUGGGGGGUGGUGACGGAACUCAGCAGAAGCCAUAUGCCAUGGUUCUCAACAUUCAUUGGCUGAGAGAGUCAGUAGAUCGCUGUCAGGCAAUGACUGUCAUUCUGUGUAACAAAGGUAACACAGCAUUGAGUUCUGCUGGAGGGGUUCAGGGCUGGACUGGGGAUACAAAGCAGCCCUGUAAAAAAGUCAUUGUGCUAUGUAUUGUGUAUAUAUAUAGAUCAAUCAUCUGGGGUGGCAGGACAUAGCCUUACAUGUUAUUGGUUAAUAUAUGUAUAUAUAUAUUUCUAAUAUAAAAUAUUGGUCCUUUUAGAGUAAAACAUUUAAUUAUACAGUAAGCAUAGUCGCAUGCAGACACAGACAAUCUCACUGACACACACAAGCUCACUGAUACACAGCCUCAUAGACAAACAAUCUCACUAACAUAAAUAAGCUCAUUGACAUAAAAACACAAGCUCACGGAUGCACACAAAUAGGCUCACUGACAAGCUUAUUGGUACACACACAAACAUAGUACAGACAAACUCUGACACGCACAAAGCUUAUUACAGACAAGCUCACUGUCACACACAUACAUACUCACUGACACAUACACACUCACUAGCAGACACACACACAAGCUCACUCACUAGCAGACACACACACACACACAAGCUCAUUCACUAGCAGGCACACACACACAACACUGUCAUGGCUGAAGCUUACAUGGCACUGGUAGGUGAAGUUGCCAUUUUGUGGCCUCUUCCUUCCAGCGAGGUCAGCAACUUGCGUGGGGGCAGGAUUGUGUGCGGGAGGCAGAGCUAUGUACAGGAGGCCGGGCUUACAUGCAGGAGCAGGGCAUGCAGUCGGAAUUGAUGUACAUUGUGAAGGGAGACUGAAAGCUCCUCCUUCUUUACUCCCCACGGACUGACAUAGGCUGAAACAGGGGAAAAUCAUUUAAAUUACAUUAGCCUGAUGAUGACAUUAGCCUGAUGAUUAUCCCCAGUAGGCCAGUCCAGCCCUGGAGGGGAUAAUCUCUGUAUGGCUAGAGUAUCCCUUGAAAUUGUCAAGUUAUAUAGUAUAUAUGUAUCUGGUCAAGCACAAAAUCCCAGUUUAAUACAAUGUAUACAAUCAUAGCGUGGACUACACAUGCUCAUGGGGAGACUUGAUUACUGGAAAGUGGUGACAACUUAUCAGAGGCCAAGAUCACAUAUGGUAUUAAGGCCUGACAUUGGUCAUUUCAUAUACUGAGGGAACCUGACAGGAUAGUUCACACAUGGUGUCUCGGCCUGACAUACGUUGCUUCAUAUCCUGAGGGAACUCUGCGGGACAGAUCACACAUGGUAUCUAGGCCUAACAUUGAUCAUUACAUAUCCUGAGGAAACCUGGCAGAACAGAUCAAACAUGGUGUCUAGGCAUGACAUUGGUCAUUUCAUAUCCUGAGGGAACCCAGCAGGAUAGUUCACACAUGGUGUCUCGGCAGGACUUACGUUGCUUCAUAUCCUGAGGGAACUUGGCAGGACAGAUCACACAUGGUAUCUAGGCCUGACAUUGGUCAUUUCAUAUCCUGAGGGAACCCGGCAGGAUAGAUUAAACUGGUCCUGAGGGAACCCAGCAGGAAAGAUGACACAUGGUCUCUGUGCCUGAUAUUGGUCAUUUCAGAUCCUGAGGGAACCUGGCAGGAAAGAUAACACAUGGUCUCUGUGCCUGAUAUUGGUCAUUUCAGAUCCUGAGGGAACCUGGCAGGAAAGAUAACACAUGAUAGCUAGGCUUUGUCACGGAGUGUUAACCCUAACAAGCAGAGUUUAGGAUAGCAAGGAACAGACAAAAGGAAUAUAAACAUCUUAGAGUGGCCGGACUUAACAUUAGUCAAAAUACGAGCCGAAGUCAGGGUAAAGGAGAGAGAGCAAAAACGAGAACUAGCCAGAGUCAGGUACACGGUAAUAAUCAGAAGAGCAAACAAGACAGGCAAGGGUAAAAGAGAAACUCAAAGUCAAGAAACAAAGCCAAGGUCAAUACCAGAAUACAAUACAAAUCACUAGGAACGCAUUAAAGGGUACUGGGAACAGUAUCUAGAGCCUGGCAAGUUUAUAUACCUUUAUUUUUAAUUUGAUUGGUCCACGUCAUGCCUGCUCCCCAAAACGUGCGUGAAUGGGGUCGCCUGAAAUACGUGGUCAAAUGAGAGCCGACCGCAAGGUUAGGCUCCCAUUUCCCCUUUAAGAAAGUGCUCGCAAUGCGAGCAGUGUUCCCAAUACUGUACGGGCCACGAGUCCGAACAGAGUGUUUUGCGUGUGAGGCCCACCAGCAAAGAGCUUCUGAGCCACACACGGCUCGCCUGGAGGCAGGAGUAAUCAAGCUGCGUGUGGCUCGAUCAGAGGACUCCUGCCGGCUUGCGCGCCAGGUAAGUACUGUUAUAGGCUUGAUGUAAAUCAUUUUAUAUCCUAAGGUAUUUAAGGGGAAAAUAUAUUUUUUGCUACCAAUAUUAAUAGAAAUGAAAAUGAUGAUGAAUGAGCAAGAAUGAUGAGUAUAUACAGAUGAGAUCAGGAAAAUAGUACACAUAUGGAAUGGGAAACUGCUUAAUCUCACACCCAACAUGAAAUAUUUUAAACAGUCUCUCUUUGUUCCUGUAUCUCUCAGGUCAUGGAAGUAAACAGAAUUACUCACAUUCGUCUAUUAUAAACCGAUGCAGUGGGCAGUCCUUUGAGGCAUUCACAUCAGAUGACAAAGGCAGGACCUACGCAUUUCGAGGUAAGCAAAAAUGAAUGAGGUGGUCUAUAUUUGAAGAUCUGGUCUGGUCUGUGAUCACACUGAAUGAAUGGGAAGACUGUUUGUAAUCAAUUACAGAAACAGCAUCUGUAGUUUUUAUGAGGCCAAGAAUUCUCCAGAACCUGGACGCCCUAUUCUUACUAAAUUUUAUGUUUACUGUAAGCAGGCAGUGUUUUCAAUCAAUGAGUGUGAAUGGAUGAUUAUUAUCAUACAGUCAAUGAGAGAAAAGCUUGUAUGUGAGUGUGACCUGCUGAUUAAUAUGUUCGUACCAAGUGAGUGAAUGAAUAAGGUCCUCCUACUCAGUGAGUGGGAGAGAAACAUAUACCUAUCAUAGAUGUUUUAAGUUGGUGAAUAAUGUAAAUGAAGAAGGCAUUACUAUUCCUAUCAAGUGAGUGUGAAGGAAUGAGCAACAUUCUCCUUUCCAGCGAGUUUGAAUUGGUGAAUAGCAUACUCCUAUCUUGUAAGUGUAAAUGAAGAAAGAAUGAAUGAAUGAAUGACUACAUUCAUUGGCAGUGUGUAUGAGUGGAUAGUUCACUUCUAACUGAUAUGUGUGACUCGUGUGUGAAUGGAUGAAUAAUAGCUUGAGUGGAUGAAUGAAAUACUACAAUACAUCCAUCUAUUCCUUGCCUGUGAGAUCAUUCUUAAUCCAAGGUUGAUGGGUGAAUGAGAUAAAACAUUCCCAUGGGUGUGUGAAAGAUACAUUGCAAUCAUUCAAUGUGAGUACUCCUGCUUGUUGAGUGUGAGUGAAGAGUAGUCUGUUAGUGCCUGUGGAGACUGUAAAAAUCCCUGUACCUUGCCCAUCUUUUCAGGGGGCUGGUAUAUCCGUGUGGACAGCGUUAAAGAUGGCUGGCAUGCAUGGCCUCUCAACCACACAUGGAGGACACUACAUGGCCAGGUGGAUGCCGUCUUUAACUGGGAGAACAGGAUGUACUUUAUCCAGGUACUGAAGCUGCAUGGGAUUUGUAAGGAGGGUCAGGGUUAGGCAGAGCUGGUUUAAUACUGCCCAAGGCCCAAACUGAGACCCCCUCACAGAGCCCUGGGCUCUGUUCUAUGAAUGAUGGUGGCUGAGUGUCAUGUGUGUGGUGUCUGAGUGUUGUGUAUGUUGGGAAAAGGCUGACUACUGUCUGAGCCUGGACAUUAGAUGAAUGCCUGGACUCGAGUUUUCUAAUCAAGAUCCAGUGGUCCUCAUCUUAGAGUAGUAUCCUCCAAAUUGCUGCUGAACCAAGACAGGAAUACAUCCAGGAAGCUUCUGAGAGAAAAAUCCUCAACCACUGCAUUUAGAUCAGGUUCCCUAGUUUCCCCAAAAGCUGUGUCUGUUUGCACAUGGCUUGCCCCUUACAGAAGAUCCCAGUGUCUACUGAUGUUCCAAAGAGUUCAGUUUGAGGGUACAGGAUCCCUGGGGCUACAGGAGCUCAGUCUGUGGGUAAUGGAGCCUAGGGGAUCCUAGAGCUCAAUCUGGGGGUAAUUGAGCAGAGUCUAGGGGAUCCUGCUCUAGGGAUACAGAAGCUCAAUCUGGGGGUAAUGGAGCAGAGUCUAGGGGUCUAGGGAUACAGAAGCUCAAUCUGGGGGUAAUGGAGCAGCUUACGGGUGAAUAGUGGGAUGUUAUAAGAGCACGGUUUAUGGUACAUGCGCUCCAUUUUGCAGUGUAGGAGGUGCUGACAGGUGCAGAGUGGCAGAGAGCACAGUCUGGGACUACAGGAGCUCUGUGAGGAGUCCAAGAGUUGUUUACUGCUGGUUAGUGAGCUUAGUCUGUUUGUUCAGGAUUUGGACUCCAGAUGCAGGAGCCCAUCUUGGUGGUAGAUUCAGGGUUCAUUUACUUUAUCAGCCUGUAUACCUUCUUUUAUCUCAGGGAUCCAAGGUCAUUACUUACGUAACUGAUCAAUUAUAUAUCCCCGUUCUGGGGUAUCCCAAGUCUGUGCAUGAAGAGUUGGGCGUGACCGGAAUAGAUGCAGCCUUUACCUGUCCAUCAUCCAGUAAGCUGUACGUUAUUAAAGGUAAGUGUGGCAAAAAUUACAUUUGGUAGAAAAUUCUGGAUGUUUUGCAAUCUUCAUGUAAUUAGCCUCUCUGCCUACAGUACAACAGUGCAUAGGUCAGCUGAAGAGACAGUGACUGAGAUGGGACCUUGCUUGGAUCCCAGGUAGCAAGGACAAAGAAGGUGCACAGCAUCGAACUUGUACCAUUAUUGGACAUAUGAAGCAAUCCCCCUACAGGCAGGUCUGGGACAGGUUUGCAGGUGGGAGCAAGGAAAGGGUUGCAUUACGAGCCAUACUUUAAUGCUCCAGCAGAGGGUGCCAUAUGUAUAUGAAAGCUGGCAUGAGGAUAGAGGAGAGACAAGUGCUGGCAUUAACAUAUCAAAGAGGGCAGACAAGAAACAGGUACAGGAAUAAUCUGACUGUAACGGAAUGAAAAUCACUAACAUGCACCCAGCAAAAUGGAUUAAUCAUGGAAUAGGUUUUAUGUAGCAGGCAUUAUAAUGAAUGCCUUGUGCUGUAUAAGAGUAUAUUUCUCUAUUGAAAAACGUGUGUUGUCUGUUUGUGUAGAACAAAAAAAGCAAGGGUGGAACAGCGCUACAAUAAGUGAUCACAAGGGGGCUGCACACCUGAAUAAGAAGGUAAUCCUCAAAACCUUCAAGGAUUAAUCGAACAAGUAGAACAAAGGAGACAGGUAGCGCCAAAAUAAAUACAAUAUUGUGGUAAGGAUUCAAAAAAAGGUACCAAUCAUCUUAUUCAACAUUUGAAGACUUUUAAAACCUCAAAAGGACAUUUUUAUCUUUUACUUGGUACCUUUUUUUGACUACUUACCACAAUAUUGUAUUUAUUUUGGCGCUACCUGUAUCCUUUGUCUGUUUGUGUGUUGUCUGUUUUUGUAUGUCCCUCGAUAACCAGAUAUUAGGAUUCCUGACUGCAGAUGUAGAUAAGGAAUAGAACAAAGUAUUAUUAGACUUUAGAGUGAUUGGGUUUAACAAAGAUACCGCAAUCUGACUAAAACCACAAACAGACGGGAUUCCAGAGGAUGGGUAUGUCAGACUAGCCAAAGUUAGGACAGGCAGCAAACUAGGUCAAAAACAAUCAUGGUCAGGCAAACAGUAUAACAGCAACAAUAAUAAGGAUCACCAAUACAGGAUUAGGUUUUAAAUAGGCUUAGGUCUAGUGCAUCAAAUGACACAUAAAGAUGCGACUAUCCACAUCAAAAGUAGAUGCUGGAAACCAUUUCCGAGUCAAGAAAAGGAUGUGAGGCGCCAAAUGCAUCAAGUAAAAGGCAUUGAGUAUCGAGCAUCCACUGUCAGACAUUCUGAUGGCGCAAGCGUGGAUGUGUGGCAUUUCUUAGAGUCCCAGCCUAGCAUGGACCCCUGUAUAUCAUCUUUUUGUCUACACAGGUAACACUUUGACCAUGGUGGACCUCGUGCAGAGCCCCCGAGUUGCCAGAGACAAUAAGACCAUUGCUAUCAGUCAGGUGGACAGUGCCAUGUGCAAUGAACAUGGGAUCUACCUUUUCCAGGGCCCUCACUAUUACUGGUACAAGGAUGUGGCAGAACUGGAAGCUGCUACAGAACUCCCCAAAAUUGGCAUCGUCACCACUCAGUUUUUUGACUGUUAGAAGCAAACUGUGUAUGGAGAGGGACUUUCUAUGAUUGUUCCAGUAAUGAUGAGGAUGUGUCAUUCUGUCCUAAUGUUAUUUGCUAAUUUGUAUUAUAGUAAGAUAUGUUCUAAGCUCGUUGUGGUCAUUCUGGAUUUAUUUACUUUAUCGUUUACUUGCUCUCAUUUUGUAAUUCAUUCACACUGUGUCCCUCAAUCUUUUACCGAAUUGAUCUACUAAUAAACAUGGAAUGGAAAUCCUGAUCUUGUUAUAGCGUUUAUGGUGGUAGUGGUAAAACACAAACAUUAUGGCUGUGGAAGACAUUCUCUGCCUGACGCUUUACACCUGAUAACGGUUCUUCUAAAUUUAUCUUGAUAAAGUGUAUAAACGGUGUAUGCAGUAAAUAAUACAAUUAUAAACAGACUGAACUGACUCUUCCAAUUCAAAAUACUAAUGUGAAUCUACAUGAAGGAUGUGUCUUUUGCACAUAAAUUCAUAUUGUGCAGUUCUUUUGUGAGUGGCUGUCUUUGUUUAUAAAUUAUUUAGUUAUUUGCAUUAAAUACUACACUGUAAGUGUCCAUUUUCUCUCUCUUUUAUUGAUAUGCUGCUAAACCAAAAUGGUAAGUGGUUGUAAUAAAUGAUAAGGUAAAUAAACACCAUCGUAUAGUGCUUGCCCUUUUUAUUGUGCAAACUACACUCUUUAUGAUACCCCAACUCUUCCCAAAUAAUCCUUUUAUCUCCAAAUGUUUGUAUUCAAGACAGAAACAGGUGGACACAAAAACAGUCAAUGGUAAGAAAAUACACAAUGAACAAUGUGGUUGUGCAAGCUCUAUGUCUUGUGAUAGAGUAAAUGGUGUUGUAUGUGAGGGUGUUUAUUUCACUGCUAAUUUCCUCAGAGAGGCAUAUGAUAUUUAGCCCCAGGGGGAGUAUGAGUUGUAGGUGUUGUAUGCAACACAAACUAGAGUUUAGUUAUGGACGCCUGGGGUGGAGCAUUCUCAGAGUAGGGCGGGCUGGUGCUCCACUCCUAAGUUUAUACACAACUGGGAGAAAUCAGGUCCAGGCCAGAGUUUUUGGAACUGUCUCCAACCCACUGCUCAGCUGCAGAUAAUCAGCUGUAGCAGUGGGAAUAAACCCCUACCUGCUCGGCAGGUAAAAGGGAGAUUUUUUGGUUCUCUCUCUGAAUGGUUGGAAGUGGCAGGCUAGCUGAGAGCACUGGAGUGCAGAAAGGAGAGCAGAGGGUUGUUAGUUUAACUCAUGAUAGAGAGGGAUAUUAAAAGUUAGUCAGUGCUCAGACAAGC